CGAAGAUGCUGCAGGCAAGCCUCCAGCUCGCUCAUUGAGGGUCGAUCAAGUCGACACUAUGAUCACAGAAGGCGGUUUACAUAAGAAGGCGUGCCGACGCUCCCUGCCCGCUGUCGAGCUAGGACUCCUGACUGCAUAGCGUCCUGGCACUAUUGCCCAAACGGAAGCAUACUUGGAUAGCCAAUAAGGGGGAGUGGGAUUGUGCCACCCACCCUUUACUUCCAUCCGAGACAUGCCAUCCGCUGCCUUUUAUAACUACCGCCGCGAGCCCUCGUACGCAUAUGCCAGUUCGGCCUCCAGCACCAAGGGCUCAAUUACAAGCGACAUGGAGUCCGACUCGCCCCCGGCUGGUUUCUUCUCGACCUUCUCCAUCGUUGACCCCAAGAGCGGUAGUGCAGAUGGCGCCAGCGGCUCGAGCGGCUCCAGGUCGCAGAAGCGAAACCGACGCGUUUUCGUCUGCAUACCCUGCCACAAGCGGAAACUGAAGUGCGACAAAGGCCUGCCCUGCGGCAGGUGUGUGGCGUAUGGCGCCAUCGAUGACUGCGUGUACCAGCCCUUGCCUUCUACCAACUCAUCAUCACCAUCCUCCUCCGCCGCGGCAGCUGGCCGGUCGGAGCCUUCGUCAGAACCACCCAACUCUUCGCGGGCCUCCUCGCAGGUGCGCACGCGAGAUCGCUAUCUUUACAAUUACCGUCCCAGCGAUGGUAGGUGUCGAGCCGCGGGCGCAUCCCAUUGGACAUCGGUCUGUGCCGAGUUUGAGGAAGCAUGUCCAUACAUCUUUAGUUCGGAACCGGAAUGGGAGCCUCGGUUUCGGCAGAUCAAGAAUCUCAAAUACCUUUUCCCGUCCCUGGCCGGGGCGAACUUCCCCUUCGGCAACAGCAGCCCCUACGUACCCAACAAACACGACAUUCUCAACAGCUUACCACCUCGGGCCAUUGCGGAUGUGCUGCUUCGCAACUACAUGAUGACGUUCGAGAAGACGCAUCGAAUGUUGCACCCGGCGCAAUUCCAGCAGGAGCUUGAAGAGUUCUGGGCGGACCGCGAAAGCGUCCUAGACGGCUGGCUGGCGCAGCUGUGCACCAUGAUGGCUUUGGGGUGUCAGUCGGCGCCCGAGGAGCUGUUUGACACAACCGGCAACACGGCCACUCAGUGGACGGAUGUGUUGCUGGAUGGAGCUCAGACUUCGCUCUGCCGCUCCCCCUUCAUGUUGAUGCCAAGUCUAACUACGAUCCGAACCAUGUGCAUGAUGGCUACCUGCAAGAUGAUGGGGCUCAGGGGGACUGACCCACGACAGGUCGCGUCCCUUAUGGCUCUUGUGGUCCGGCUCGCCAUGUCUCUGCAGCUGCACCAAAGCCCGAGCCUGUUCUACGGAAUGCCAGAGUUUGAAGCCGAGAUGCGCCGACGGAUCUGGACGACCGUUCAACUCCUCGAUCUCGACGUUGCCAUGUGGGCUGGCACCACCCCAACACGCAGCGAGGGUGACGCCGAGGCUCCUCUGAGCAUCAACGAUUCCGACAUACGCCCCGACCCUAGCGCCGUGGGGGCCAUGGCUACCUCGGGUCCCCAUGGCGCCGGGGCGCCGUCGAGCGGCUGGGCCAUCGACAACGUAUGGGCUACGCACGACUAUACGGACGGCGUCUUCCAGAACAAGCUGGCCGAUAUGCUCCCGUUGCUCAUCGAGGUAAUGUCGACUGUGAAUUCGCCAACCACAACGGGGCCCUCGCGGUCGGGCACCACCGGGGCUGGCGGGAGCGCCAGCAGCAUCAACAACAGCCAAGGCGUGAUGGAUAACGAUAGAGCCGUGCGGCUGGACAAGCGCAUCCGGCAACGGCUGAAGGAGGCCGAGGUGGUUUUAGGCUCGGCAAGGAGAAUGGCGCGACCAGAACCCAUGAGCACGGUGGCGGUCCAGCACCAGUUCCUUCGCGUCCUCGUCCACCGCACGCUGCUGUCGUUGCACCACGCGCUGGCGAGGGACCCGCACCCAGUGCGCCACGAGCAAUCGCUCGGACUGUCGCUCGAGUCUGCGAUGAUGCUGCUGAGCAUCCAGCAGUACUGGAUCACCGACGUCAUGAUAACCCCCGUCGUGACGAGUGGCAACACCUUAUCCCUGCCGACCAUCAUAGUAGGAGGUGGCGGUCCAGGGUCGGCGGCAUCCUCGCCGGGCCUCCCGCCGUCGAUCAUGGGCAGCCCCAGGUUCGGGCCCGCAGGCAUGGUGGGCGGGGGAGAGUCGAGGCAGUGGCUCCUGGACCUUUGCCACGACGACUUUGGCGUGGCCGCCAUGCACGUCGUGGUGGGGCUCCGGCGCGGCGACUUUGACGAGUGCGCGCAGGACGGCGCGGCGUCGGCGGACGCGGCGGCGUCCGCCGUACGGCACUCGCUCGCGGUGGCACGCUCGCGGGCGUGCCGGUCCCUGCUGCAGUUCAAGGAGUUCACGGGCCUGAGUAUGAUGGUGGGCUGCCUGCGCGGCGUCCGGCAGGACGGCGGCGGCAACAGGAACAUGAUGCUCGCGGCGCUCAUGGAGGUGGCAGCCGACGUCGAGGACGUCAUACUGACGGGCAAGUCGGACAUGAUCUGGUCCUCGGCCUCGGCGGCGGCCGGUGGCACCAUGGCCAUGUCGGAGCUCCCGCACCACUCGAUGCUCACGCCCCAGCAGCAGCAACAGCAGCAACAACAGCAGCAACAACAGCAGCAACAGCAACAUGGCGAGGUGGCCGGGCCGGCCGAACCUUACGACACCAUGAUGGGGGUGGAUUUCCCCGGCUCGUUCCCAUGAGCACAGUCGCGACCGGGGGGCUGGCUGGCUGGUGUGGCCAUUGAUGUGUUGCCACCGCUUCCCCUCCAUGCCCGAGUCAAUGGGGGUUUUUUUCUUCGGUAUAUAGGCAGGGUUGUCAACCCUUGUGCGGCCAUGGUGUUGGGCGGGUUUACCAACCCCUGCCAGAGGUGCGAGGGGCAAAUGCUACAAUAGACGGAGCCGCAACGGGAAGCCCUGGCUUUCCACCAGUAGUACAUAAAUAGACGCAGCGUUGUUUCGUUUCCGA